AUGGCAUCCGAAGCUCUACCCAAUGGCAAUCAUAACGCCAUGCCAUUGACCGAAUAUUCAGCCACUCCUGAUGUAAACGGCGCACAGAAGACUAGUGCUUCUUCAUCCAUACCUGCAGAAUAUCUGCUUUCGGAUGGCCACCCCGACUAUCUCCGCCUCAUUCUCGCUUCUCGCGUCUACGAAGUCGUCCAAGAAACCCCCGUCACACGCGCCCACAAUCUCAGCAAACGACUUGAAUGUGAAGUCCUCUUGAAAAGAGAAGAUCUACAACCCGUCUUCAGUUUCAAAUUGCGAGGGGCUUACAACAAAAUGGCACACUUAGACAAAGACAGUCGGUGGAAAGGCGUAGUGGCCUGCUCAGCCGGAAACCAUGCUCAGGGAGUCGCCUACUCUGCCCGCCAGCUUAAAAUACCCGCAACAAUAGUCAUGCCAGCUGGUACACCUUCAAUCAAGCAUCUCAACGUCUCAAGGCUGGGAGGAUCAGUAAUUCUCCAUGGCGAGGACUUCGACUCCGCGAAGGCCGAAGCCCACCGUCUUGAAGGACUCCACGGCCUCACAGACAUCCCACCCUUCGAUGAUCCGUAUGUCAUAGCAGGCCAAGGCACCAUAGGCAUGGAACUCCUUCGCCAGACCAACCUCCAAGAACUCGAAGCAGUCUUCUGCUGCGUCGGUGGCGGUGGGCUCAUCGCUGGUGUCGGCUUCUACAUCAAACGCAUAGCACCGCACGUGAAAAUAAUCGGCGUAGAAGCCCACGACGCCAACGCAAUGGUCCAAUCUCUCAAAACAGGCUCACGCGUUACUCUAAACGAAGUCGGCCUCUUCGCCGACGGUGCGGCUGUCAAAUCCGUCGGCGAAGAAACCUUCCGCCUCUGCCGCACGGUCGUCGACUCCGUAAUCGAAGUAACCACGGACGAGACCUGCGCCGCCAUAAAAGACAUCUUCGAAGACACCCGCACAAUCGUCGAGCCCGCAGGCGCCCUCGCGCUCGCCGGCCUCAAAAAAUACAUCGCCGCAAACCCAAGCAUGAACACAAAACGGCAGCUGGUAGCCCUCGCCUCAGGCGCAAACAUGAACUUCGACCGUCUGCGCUUCGUAGCCGAGCGCGCCGCGCUAGGCGAACAGAAAGAAGUCCUCAUGAGCGUAACCAUCCCCGAGCGUCCCGGCGCCUUCGCAGACCUGAUAAAAGCCGUCCUCCCCCACGCGGUGACCGAAUUCAGCUACCGGUACGCCGACCCCAGCUCCGCCACCGUGCUAAUGGGCAUCUCCGUCACAGCCUCCACGCGCGCAGUCGAGGUGGCGGAUCUCAUCAGGCGCCUCUCUCACGCGGGGAUGGAAACACACGACCUAUCGGGCGACGAGCUGGCGAAAACGCAUAUCCGGUAUCUAGUGGGCGGGCGGAGUAACGCGCCGGAUGAGAAGAUGUAUAUGUUCGAGUUCCCCGAGCGGCCGGGGGCGUUGAUAAAGUUCUUGUUUGCGUUGAGGCCGGGGCAGAAUAUCAGUCUUUUCCACUAUCGGAAUCACGGGGGCGAUGUGGCGAAGAUACUGGCGGGGAUCCAGUGUCCGGAUGGGAAGGAGAAGGAGGAGCUAGAGGGGUUUUUGAAGCAGCUGGGGUAUCCGUAUGAGGAGUGCACGGAGCAUGCUGUUUAUAAGAGGUUUUUGAGGAUGUGA